UUUGAAAGUAUUCUUUCAUUGUAGUAAAAGAUUCAUUCAUGACUCUGACAAUGUCGGUUGAGAGUCCAGAUUCUGGGAAAUACGUUGUAUAUACCGUUACCUCGGACGAAAGCAGCACGGAUUUAGAAGAUGGACACGUCAAUUUCAAAGACAACGAAACUGACUCUCUUAACGGAAAGCAAUCACCAUCACAUCGACCUUUGAGGUCAUUCUCAUCAGAUUCUUCCAAGUGGAGUUCAUUUUGGUCAGCAAGAGAAAAAUGUUGUUGCCUCUGGAAUAUUGCAUUUAUCAUGGCCAUUGGUGCUCUCGUGUUUGUUGUUGUGUACCUAACAAAGAGAGGCCCGAAUAACCCUUCGUUUGAUACAAAUUACACCCGGAACCCCAAGGGAACAUUCUAUGUGAGUACGAUGUCUCCAAAGGAUUCCGAUUCCGAAUCAAAACAGAUCUGCUACACACCAGAAUGUGUUCUCUUGUCUGCAGAACUUCGCUCGCGGAUGAAUACAAGUGCUGAUCCGUGUGAGGAUUUUUACGAAUAUGCUUGUGGGAGAUACUCAGCUCCAUUAACGUGGACAAACCCAAGAGUUCGAGAAGUGCCCGAUGCUCUGAAACAAACCUUUACGUCUUCAGUUAUAGAUAAAUUAUCUGCAUCAAUUCAAACUCACGAUACACCCGGUAUGAAAGUAGCAAAAAGAGCAUUUCAAUCCUGUGUCCUGGCGCCAGAAAGAAAUCUACAACAGCACUUCGAAGAAUUGGUCGACAGCUUCGAAAGAGAUCCAGAAAAUGCUAAUUCAGGACAUAGACAUUCUCUUACCAGACUCCUAGCUCAUGCUGUCAAGUUCUACGGGGUAUCGCCAUUGUUCAAAGUCAUACGGUUGGAAAAUGACAAGUUAGCUAUCAUAAACCGUUAUUCAGACCAAAGAAUUUCUGAACUCUCUAAGGCUGGUUACACAGUUUCAUCCUUUCGACAUUUAUCUGUUCGGGAAUUUUACUAUUUAACGCCAAGUGAUGCGAAAGUCAUUGCCUACAGAAACUACGUCAGAAAUCUUUUAAAACACGUCUUCGGUAAUGGUACCAGUAGUUUUUCCGUUGCAUAUCUCAAACUGACGCUGAAUGAAGUUUUAGACUUUGAAAUGAGACUUAAUCAGGCAAUGUUUGCACCAUCAGCAGUUAGUUCACUCAAUAUCAUGUUUAAUUGUACACAACGGUACACAAUAGGUGAACUCGAAAGAUCAUCCUCAGGCUACAAGAUUGACUGGAAAUUGUUUUUUAGCAUUCUUCUCAAUAGAAAUGUGACAGAAAACUAUGCAAUUUGCUUCUCAGAUAUUUCUUAUGACGUAACAGACAUACUUUAUGACACUCAAAUCAACAUCAUUAAGAAUUUCAUCAAACUCCAUAUUAUACUAAAUUCGGAUAUUACAUACGCCAAUCGUGUACUAGUUGAGCCAUUCAUAAACAAUGACAUAAAUUCCUUGAGAUUUUCUACGAAGGAAAUCAGAUGUUACAAAUGCAUAGAAAAUAUUUUACCUAUAAGUUCUAUAUUCAAAUCGACGGAUGAUAUAUUUUUCAUCAGAAAUUCUUCCUUCAUAUUUUCCGAGUUGAAGAAGUCCAUUAUCAAAAUUAUUGACAACAUGUACUGGAUUCCAUUCAAACAAAGGAAAGCAAUUAUCUCCCAUGCCAACCAAGCCGGUAUCUUAUUUACAACAAACUUGAAAUAUAAAAUAUAUGACAGUGCCGUUUAUUUUUCAUUAUUAAAUAAAACAGACUUUUAUCCAAUAGUAUUUAGUGCCAUUAGACAGAAGUAUUCGUAUGAAAUGGGUGGAUUUAUAAUAACGUCAUUAUUUUCAAGUUCUAUUUCCUAUUAUGAUGAUGUGAGACAAAAUAUAGUGUUAUCAUCAAUGGCAAACAAGGAGCCAAUAUUUUACCACUUUGCAUCAAAUGCACUCCUUUUUGGCUCAACGGGGGCAUUCAUCGCACAAAUACUUGCCAGAGUAUUUGAUAUUGAUGUUAUUCUUUCCCAUUAUCUAAAUGGCAUUAUAGAGCAGGAGGUUGUGUUCACGUUUGCUCAUCAUUUUCAAUGUCUCGUUGAGACUUUUACGAAAUAUACCAUAACUGACCUCAGUGGAAAAGUUCAUCAGGCUAAUGGUGCUUUAACGAAAGGAGAAAAUUUUAGGGACAUAUUAGCCUUAAGAGUCACAUAUAAUUCUUACAAAUCAAACAGCUGGAAAGACAAAUAUAUGCUUCCUGCUUUACAACUCACGGAGAAUCAAUUAUUUUUUGUGGCUUAUACACAGACUCUGUGUGAAAGAAUAAAUGCAAGAGGUGUUGAGAUGUUUUACAUCAACAACAAAAGAACAGUAACUCUACCGAGACGUUUACGGAUUAAAGGGAUUUUAUCCAAUUUUGAUCAAUUUUCAAAAGACUUCAACUGUCCAGUUGGCUCAACAAUGAAUCCUGUGGAUAAGUGUGUUCUCUUUUAGAAUGAAAUUAUUCUAAUAAAAUGUGUUCUUCCAU